AUGGGUCGUUCUUUUUUACGUAAAUUGCUUGAUGAUGACUCAGAUGAAGAUGAAAUAAUUAUAAAACUUCUCACGGGUUCGACACCACAACGUAAGCAUCGUCGGUAUAUCGAACGUAAUCAUUUGGCAGGCCAUAGAAGGCUUUAUGAUGACUACUUUGCCGAAGAACCUGUAUAUCCCCCCAACUUAUUUGGAAGGAGAUUUCGAAUGAGACGUUCUCUUUUUCUCCGAAUCUUAUCUAGGGUAGAAGCUCAUGAACCUUACUUUACCCAAAAAAGAAAUGCUGCCAAAAAGCUUGGUCUAUCUCCCCUUCAAAAGAUGACCGCUGCACUUAGGAUGCUUGCUUAUGGAGUAGCGGCUGAUUUUAUGGAUGAAUAUGUAAGAAUAGCAGAAACCACUGCAAUAACUAGUUUGAAAAAAUUUGUUGCAGCAGUGGUUGCUAUUUUUUCAGAGGAAUACUUGAGGUCACCAAACAAUGAAGACAUCGCUAGAUUGUUAGCCCAUGGCCAAAACCGUGGAUUUCCAGGCAUGUUGGGAAGUAUUGAUUACAUGCAUUGGAAAUGGAAAAAUUGUCCAACUGCAUGGAAAGGGAUGUAUUGUGGUCAUAUUCGUGAGCCAAGUAUUAUUUUGGAAGCAGUGGCUUCAUAUGAUCUUUGGAUAUGGCACUCAUUUUUUGGGUUACCUGGAUCAAACAAUGAUAUUAACGUGUUGGAGCGGUCUCAUGUAUUUUCUGAACUUGCACAAGGACAUGCUCCUGCAGUUAAUUACUCAAUUAAUGGUGAUGAUUACACAAUGGGAUAUUAUCUUGCCGAUGGCAUAUUUCCACAAUGGUCAACAUUUGUGAAGACAAUCCCAAGGCCACUAUUAGCAAAAAGAAAAUUAUUUGCAAAAGCUCAGGAGGCAUAUAGGAAGGAUGUAGAGCGUUCAUUUCGAGUGCUUCAAGCACGAUUUGCUAUUGUACGUGGACCUGCACGGUUUUUCUAUCAUGAAACACUACAUGACAUUAUGAAAGCGUGCAUAAUUCUUCAUAACAUGAUUAUUGAAGAUGAGCGAGAUGAAGCUGAAGCAGUGGACUUAAAUUAUGAACAAAUUGAUGAGAUUUCAUGUACACUAAUGUCACGUGAGCCAACAAAUGAAUUUACGGAAUUCAUUCAAGUUCAUCAAUGCAUUAGGGAUCGAGAAGCUCAUUCUCAACUCCAAAUGAAUCUCGUUGAGCAUUUAUGGCAAUUACAAGGAGAGUCAUGA